CCGUUUUCUAGGUGUGAAGCUAAGUGAAAAAAAAAAAAUAGUGAAGUGUUACUCCUCGCAAAUUGUUAACUGGUUUCAAGUAUCUCGUAUUAAAAUGGAUUCAGUAAAGGGCAAUUUACCAGAAUCACCUACAUCUCCUUUACCAUUAAAAAAAGAAAUAAGUCCUAAGCCAAAUCAGUUCCAGGUGUCUACAGUAGUCCUCUACGGAGUUCCAAUAGUCUCACUAGUUAUCGAGAAUAGGGAAAGAUUGUGUUUAGCUCAAAUUUCUAACACUCUUCUAAAACAGUUUAGUUACAAUGAGAUCCACAACAGAAGAGUGGCAUUAGGUAUUACAUGUGUGCAAUGUACACCAGUACAAUUAGAAAUCCUUCGUCGAGCUGGCGCUAUGCCUGUUUCUUCUAGAAGAUGUGGUAUGAUUACUCGUCGAGAAGCCGAGCGUCUUUGUAAAAGCUUUCUCGGAGACAAUGCUCCUCCUAGACUCCCUGAUGAUUUUGCCUUUGGAGUGUUUCAUGAAUGCGCUUGGGGUUGUAAAGGAUCAUUCCUGCCUUCUAGAUAUAAUUCUUCGAGAGCCAAAUGUAUCAAAUGUACGAUUUGUGGACUAUUUUUUUCACCAAAUAAGUUUAUUUUUCAUUCUCAUCGAUUGAGCGCUAAUGAUAAAUAUGUUCAGCCCGAUGCAGCCAAUUUCAAUUCGUGGAGAAGGCAUAUGAAAUUGAGCGGAACCCCUCCAGAAGAAAUUGUUCAUGCUUGGGAAGAUGUUAAAGCUAUGUUUAAUGGAGGGACAAGAAAAAGAUUAUUAUCCUCAUCAGUGGUAUCUCAUUCUCUAAAACAAAACAAAAUAGAUCCUCAAAAUCAACCAGUCGUACCAUCUCCAAGGUUAGCCCAUUGCCAAGAUCUUUCUCUCCCAAUUUCUACAGUUGCUAUGGAUCUAAUAUGUCAUAAGCCAAUAAAUUUUUCUUCUUAUUCGUCAUUCUCUUGGCUUAAAAGGAAUCCUAUAAUAUUUCCUCAAGAAAAUCCGUUUUUUUCUAUUGAUAAAUCAUAUCAAUCAGCUUUUAAACCUGUUCAACCUAUAGUAGAGAGCUCUGGCGGAUCACAUAAAUCAGAUGAUAGCGAUAAUGAAGUUGAUAUUGAAACGACGGACGAUAAUGCUGAGGCUGGAUCAAACUGGGAUUUGAAAGAAGAGAAGGAUUGCCCUGAAAGUACCGCAGAAGAAGUUUUGGAAGAGUACAAGAAGCCCAGGCGAAGAAAACCAUACUGGCGGGAUGAAGAAAUCGAGAUGAUUCUCAGAUGA